AUUUUUCCUACUGUUGUUGUCGGCCUCCGCUGUCUCGCCUCCUGUCGCUCCAGCUUCUGGCACGGUCGAAGUGCCUAGCGCUAUCGCAGCGUCUUCGCCCGCCUCGAGCGACGAGACUUCACUAGAAGCAGUGGACGCAUCGAUGGUGCAUGAUGACGUUGCUGAAGAGCAGGUUGAAAAGAGGUCAUCUGCACAAGUAGAACUACCCGCUAGAGAGGUGGGUAUAGAAUCAGCUGCUAGUACUACUCACGACGAGCAUGAGCACGUUGCUUCUAUCGUCUCAACGUCUCCAACUAGGGGCUCUUCAACAGCCACAUCGUUUGCUGCCAAAAAGCAAUCGGUAGUCCACCGUGAAGCUAAGCAUGAUUCACAGCAACAUCAUAAAAGCAGGAGAAAUAGUACUAGUCAACAUAAGAAAAUUAAGAACAAUAAGCAGCAGCAUCAUCUUCAACAUGUUGAGUUCGACGAACAUACUUCCAGAGAAGCGAAGGCAAGUGCAUCUUCUGGCGACUCUUCUAAAACCGAAAUAAGGCCUGAUGACGCGAGUGAUCUUCAUUUCUACAAGGUGAGCUUGUCCGAAGACGGGCGUCAUCAUCACGUAGAAGGACCACACAAAGACCAUGGAACGAAAGUUCGAAAGCAUGAAAAACAUCGAAGACAUCAUGUUGAACCUGUUUCUUUGAUAAAUCAAGCAGGAGGUGACAGCGAUAUUUCUGAAAUUAUCGGCCAGCAGGAGGUGAAGAUGAAACACGAAUCAGGAGGGAAAGAAAAUAGCAACCACCAAAUAGAGGGGGAGAGCAGACCGAAUGAACAACGUGGUCACUCGAUACGAACAACUUCAUCUCUUCGUCGUGUAGAUACUGAGGUCGUAUCAGACAAGGAUACUGGCAGUAGCUCUACUACGUCUGUCAUCUCACAUCAACCGACCGACACCGCCUCUGAAAGUCGUGGAGGUGAACAACAAAGGAAAAAGAGCAAUAAACAGCAACAACAAGAUGCGGCCCCGGAACGACGAGACGGCGAAGAAGGACUAGAACAGCCAGAAGCUUCAUCGAAUGAUGAUCGAGAAUUUCAUCAGCAGUUGAAUCCCAACGACCAAUUUAACGCGGAGGAAGUAGAAGAUGAACCUGACAACUCAUCAUCACCUGUCCAACAGGUGGAUUCAGUAGCCAAGCACAUCGCAACACAGGCUUUACGUCUAUCCCAGCGCGCGGAGACAGCGAGGUCAGCUGUUCGCAGUGCGGCGGCUAAAGCCGCUCGUCUACGAGAGGAAGAACAAGAGAUUCACACGGAAAGAGAACGUCUGGAAUCCUCCAUUCGGAAAACAGAACAUGCUAUGCGCUCAAUGCUGGAAGGGCUAGGGAAUGUAGUGGAGAAAAGUGGGGGAGGUGGUAACGAAGAUGAAGUAGAAGAUGCUCAUCGUCAAUACGAUGUCGAGGAUGAAAGUGGAAGGGACAACAUGGCUCCUGAAGAACAAGAGUACGACAAUGGACGAAUGGAAGGCGAUGGUGAAUAUGCAGUUGAUGAAGCUAGUCCUCGGGACAUCAACUACAAUCAGAACUUCGAGAACGGAGAGGAUGAGGAUCAACAAAACUUUGUUCAAGAAGGUGGAAUGCAACAAGCACUAGAUGAAGAGGGCUUCUCUGAAGUCGUUCAAGAGGAUCCCGAUAGGAUGCCAUUUGAAGAUGCCGAGGUGGAAGAUUUUAGUCGAACCUCAAGUUCAAGACUUGCAAGAAGUAGGAAAAAUAGUAGUAGAGACACCAACAGGAGAAGCAGGAACAUCAAUCAAGAAGUGGAUUCUUUUGAUUCAUUUGGAACUUCUUUUGUCCAGACGCUGUCUUCUAGUAAAAACACUUCUUCGUCCACGUCCUCUUGGGGUUUAGGAACCACUCUAGAGCAUCUAGCAGACAUGCGCGCCAGAGCUUCGCAACUGAAAGAAGCCGGUGGAGGCAACAAUGAGAUAGUGAAGAACCUCGCGGAUGAAUUUGAGGUCCUAAAAAAGCGAGCGGAGGAAUACGAGCAUGACUCUCUAGAGUUUCAGGCUCGACUGGAAGUGUUGAGGGCUUUCCUAGAUGGCGAAGACGAAAGUCUUGAGCAAGCGAGGCAGAGAAUAAGCAGUACAUCAGAGGGAAAACAAGAUGAGCAACAACUUUUGGUGGUGCAUGGAGGUGCGAGUUCUAGUUCUAGUUCUAGGGAAACUACGAAACAGCAAAAAGCCACUAGUACCACUAGUGCUCCAAGUCCAAUCACGACUACGAAGGAGCCAGAAACUACUACGUCUUCUACUACAACUACUAGCACAACAUCCACCAAAGAGCAGCAGGCACCUGAGACCACGUCGACAAGCACAUCAACUACUACAACUUCAUCAACAUCGCCAUCUGUGACAACGACAUCCUUCCCGCCGCCUGAGCCGCUCGACGUGCCAACGACGAACAUCGCUUUGCUGAGCACACGAGACAAAAGCGUAGCACAUCAAUUGAUGUCGUCGUUUCUGGAAUUAUGAACAAAGACGCGUGUUCUGAUUUAGCAAUAAGAAUAACUAGAAUCAUAUAUUCAUUCUAUAUCUGUAGGUACCAUGCACUUCGUGCUCAUUUACUUGUUCUUAACAUCUACUUGUUCUAACAGACCCGAAUGGAGUCCAAAAGCAUGCGCCAGACCCCAACGAUUAUCGUGACGAACACCACGACGAUCUUGUUCGUCUUAGUGGACAGAGACACAAGAGGAGAAGCAAGUUUGCACCUCUUGCUAGUUUCUUGGUGGAGAAGAUUCAUGUGAUGAAGCACAUCAACAAAUACGCGAAGGACCAUCGCUUAGAACGCGACAUGGAGCAAACACUGGCGUCGGUACUUGAUCUUUGUUAUCAACUAUAAGUACCUCCUAUGUAUAGUGUAGCAUUGGCGUUGAUCUUCGUAGUCAUCUGGUUCUGGAAUACAAGCAAUCCUGCUUGUUGUCUCUCCAGGCCCCGGACAAUGAUGAAGAAUCAUUUUUCCGAAUGGUUCUGGUAUUUUUGGUAUAGCCUGAAUUUGAUCCUGCUAAGGGAAAACAAGAAGAGAACCAUUCAGGUUACCAAAUUCAGGCUAUACCAAAGACCAGAACCAUACAAUCACGGUCCGCACAACACCACCACCCAAUACGUUGAGGAAAAUAAUAUGAAUGGUUCGUCCUCUUCUAUGUAUUGUAUAAACUACAUCCAGGAUUAGGAUCUUCGUAGAGUUAUCUGGAAUACGUCCCAGUGUCGCCAGCCUGGCAUACAACUGCUUGUUGUCUCUCCAGGCCCCGGACAAUGACGCCGCCCAUAUGACAGAACGAUUGGCUGCCGAACUAGAAAGAGCGGAGAAGUUGAUUGAUGCGGUUCAAUCCUUGCGCGUGCGAGCAGUGGGCACAGCCGUCGGCGCUGCACGUCUACGCAAAGAGACAGAGACGGGGUGGUCAAGGUUCGAAGAGCAAUUUCUGCAUUUGAAGGAAUUGCUGUUAUGGUGCUGGGUGAUACUGUAGUCGUUGUAAUGUAAUUGUUGCUCAGAAAAAAUCGGCAACAGUAACAGAAGAUGCUUUCUUAGUAUAGCUAUGGCUGACAUAUAAAUGUUGAUGUGUAGGAUAGGAUGGGAUUAUAUUGACUUUCUAAUUUCCCGCGAUUCCCAGGCCAAGGCAGAGGAUCUAGAAAAGGACCACGCGGCUUCGAAUGGCGGGCAGAAUCAGGGCAAUAGUAGGCAGAAUCAGCAUCAGGGAAAUAGCCAACAGAAUCAAGGCAACGACAGGCAGACGAAUGCGGCAGCCACCACGUCGGGUAAUGGAACGAGUCACAAGGGCAGCCUCUUGAUGGAAGUAGAAGACGACGACACGACAAUUCAAGAAGAGCAGGCCCACAGUGAAGCUGUGCUGGAUGCUGAUGCGACGACUAUGUUCCUGCAGAUCGAGGAUGAGCAGGACAAGGAGGCCCAAGAAGAAAGGCAUGAAGAAGAUGACCAUCAAGAAGAGCAGAAGCUAGUCAGAAGAAGAAAGCGUAGAAAAAGUGAACGAAGGGAAAGAGCAAGACUAGAGAAGAAAGAGAAGCCUAGUGGUCCUCCAAUAUUUGAGCUCGAAAGACACGAGGAGCAUAAGCUGGGGAAAAUAACUGCAACUGGGCGUUCGUCCAACAGCGAUGACCACCUUGAUCACCACCAGCCACCUUCAUCUUCUCAAGCGUCUCAAGCUCUACUAGAGCGGGACCUCCACAGCAACGAACGCACCACGACCCAGGAGCCUAGCACAUCUUCAAGUCCUCUCCGUAGUGUGUUGCAUAUUCUUGCUUCUUUGACCCCAUCAACCUUACGUUCGGUUGCUAAACAAUUGGAUUCCGCAUGGUUUGCUGAAGACCGUACUAGUACUUCUUCGUCCGGAAGUAGUACAACUGGAAAUAAGAUGAGAAGUGAAAUCAAGCUGCGGUCUAAAAUAAAAGAAGCGAAGCCUUCCUCUCUUUCGUCAAGAGAUGCCUCAACUGAAACCGCCACAACUACACCCCCAAUCGCACAUGUCGCAGAGCCUCUAGCUUUUUUGAAGUUGAAAUAUCUAGAUGAGACAACCCCAGUGUCGAAAUCCGCUGUUGAGUAUGACUUGCGAAAUUCAGUAGUCAACGGGAUCAUCUGUGCAGGAACGCGUCCGUGCUUGGCGAAAAACAUCCAGGUUUUUGACAACGGAGAGUGGCCGGAUAUCAGAAGGCAACUCUUGGCCUUGGGAAAAGAUGAAGAUGAUGUGGAAGCUUGGGUAUUAUAAGUGAAGGUGUAGAUCUAGAUGUACAACUAGAAGUUGGUUACAGGAACUAUCGCUAUCACGAUCACGAUCUUAUUUGGUGAAGAAUUUUCACGCUCACACCAUUCAUUCCUUCUCAGGGCCAAGCACUUUCGGAUGUGUUGAUGGUAGGGGAUGACGCUGCAAGUACCCCAUCAGGUCAAGCCACGACCACGAGUCUAGCAGCAAUGCAGAACUUUGUAGAUGAAGGCGAUACCGGAACAGGUGAUGCGGAAGAUCAACAUGUUGAUCCUUAUCAGAAGUUGCCGAAGCGAGAUCACCAACAUCACACGGCAUCGAGAAGUCAUGACCACUCGAGAAAACACCAACAUCACCUCCUCAAUAAAGCUGACCACUCGAGAAAACAACAACAAGAGUCACGAUCUUCUUCUACCUCAUUACAACAGCUUCUACGUUCUGCUGGUUCUGACACGGCAGCAGACGCAGCUGCGGAGUUCGAGGGGUUGACUCAAGCCAGUGCUUCUUACCUAGUUAUUUUGAAGCAUAUGGCAGAAAUAUGGAGUCAUUUCGAGUGGGAGACACAUGCCGACGACUUGCUGAGGAUGCUCAAGGAAACGCGAGAAAACGUCCAAGAGACCGAUACCUAUACGAACACUUUCAUUGGAAAAAUGACGGAAAAAAUCGUUUUUAUGAAUGGGAUUCGAUUUCGUUAUUCUUAUAUAUCGUUUGAAGAAUUUCUCUUCCCUUUCUCUAGUACUACUUCUAUCUUCUUGAAAACACUCAGAGAAGAGUUGUCAGAAACGCCACACAAUCACAAGAUGAUCAUUCCUUUUUCAUAACCUCCCUCGUGAACGAACACCACGCGACCGAGGCAGUCGAGACGCUGAGCGGCAUGGGGGUCCACGUGGGUGCCGUAGAAUUCCGCUUUUGGGGUGCUCAUUGUCAUGAUACGGAUACCAUCGUGCCUCAAAUUCUUGCGUCGGCUGGAAACGACGCUGUUCUUGCAGACAAGGUCAUAGAGCGGCUUGGGUCCAUAUACGGCUGCAGGAUACCGUUUCAGAGCUACGAACGUACAAUCUCUAACGGUCAGUCGUCGACUAGUUCCAAGGCGUCGCCAACUCUUCCUUCCUCGUUAGAAGCGCACUCAUCCUCACUACAUGGGCGAGGCACAUCAAGUAGUCACCAUGGUCACAGAAGGAGCACAGCUUCCAGAAGUACCUCCUUUUUGGAACUAGCCAACGGGUCCGAGGAACGUGCCAUGUUACAGUCACUGAUGGAAAAAGUUAUGGCAAAGAGUCAAUCGUUGUUCUUGUGACAAGAGUAUGUUGAUAUCUUCCUUGAACUUCAGCACUAUUUUUGGUGAGUAUUGUGCGUAUCGCUUGAAGAUGUAGCUACUUGGGAAACCAACGUCGUGAAGACUCUCGCCUUUUUGCGCUAACAUCUUUCACCGCACAACAUCAAAGAGCCACUCAAGAAGGACCGAUCCUACUCCGGUCGCCCAUAGCGGCCUGAUUUUUGUCGCUAGGAUUCAAGUGAAGGAAGAUCCGCAGAAUACACCCACACAGACGUCGAACUCCUACACCACAGGGACGAUUCAGACGAGCAGUCACCUGUUUCCCGGUGAUUACGUUACUCACUGGCUGACGCAAGAGAAAGCCGCACUAGAAGAGAAAUUGGGACCUUCGUGUGAGUCUUUGUUAUGAGGAGGUAGACAUUGACAUUCAUCGUUGUUGUCACAGAGAACUCUGGCAUCAAUUCAUAGGCUGGAUACUUCAUUUUGCGAGGUCAGGCUAUAAAUUGAUUAGACAACAUAGUGGUAGUACUUGUGUUUUUUAAAAAUUACUUUCUCUUUGUUCUUCCACAACCCAAAAAAUCCAACCUCCUUGCUCUGCAACUCCCUCUAACACAAGGCGCCUGGGGUCACGAUUCAACGUCGUUUGCAAAAGACGAACCCACUGUGAUAUCGGAAGUGGAUGCCAGCUGGGCUGCUAGGGUAGUGCCGGGGACGGAUGGGAAGCUAGAUUAUAUGGGUAACGUUUUCGCGCCAGGGUCGACGAAAGUGAAUCCACGUACGUCAUACAAAGCACUGUUCGUCAUUUUGACAAGUUUUAGAGACUUCACGAUCGCUCAUCUGCAGCUGCUUAUUUGAAUUCCUAUCAAUCUGAUUUCAAUCUCACUCUCUGUCUUCCACACACUCACUAUUAAUUAGAUAUUUCAGUUCUCUCCAGCGUGUCGUAUUUCCGCUAUAUGUGUUACACUUCAGUUCUCUCCAGCGUGUCGUAUUUCAGCUAUAUGUACUACGAAUUUGGCGCGAUGAGUGGCGCGAUUAUCGUGUGGAUAUUCUGCACGGUGAUAAGGAGAUGGAGGAGAGGACCUGACUUUGUCACACACGAAGAAGACCUGAAUUAAGGCUCAAAAAUGUAUUCCAACACUUCUACAAGCGGUCACUUCUUUUCGCAGUUUCCUUCUUGGGACUCUGGAGAAUUGAAGGGAAGAAAUGAAAUGCUUUGCGCUCUAACUGAAGAAGCCUCCGGUGGCGUAUAUGUUCGCUGAAGACCCUUAUCAUCGAAUGUACGGACGCGGCUGGUAUCGGGUGGUUGGUACUGAAAUUUUAGACCCUUGCACUUUUAUUUUAUCCCCGGUUUUUUUGAGCGCGUAAGCGUAUAGCUUGAGUUGAUCCAUGGCUCCUCCACUUGCUUCAGUCCUCAUAUUCACGCGGGUGUGGCUUGUGUGAUGGCCUUCCUGAAGAGCAGCGGAAACCUUGACCGGCCGAGCGGCGCUCCAUGCAAGGCGCCAGCGUGAAACGAGGGGAGGGAACUCGCCUGCGCUGCUCUCCGCCCUCUGCGGCCUCGAAAACGUCAGCCGCCGCGCUUCCCCUCCUUCGCGGGCUCCUCGCUCUUAGGGUGUGCGCGUUCCUGAAAGACCACCGGGCACGCUGCAGAAGUGGCGAAGAGCAAGAGGAAGCUAGAGGACACGGCCAAAAAUCAGAAGGACCAAGGCGCAACCACGUGGAGGCCUUCAAGCGUGGCUCCCUGCUCGAUUUUGCCACGCGUCGCCGCCGGGAGGCUCGUGGGUCCGCGGGGAAGGGCGCCGCGCUUGCUUUGAGUUGAUUAGUCACAGCCAGGCUGUGAAGCGCUAAAGAAAAGAAAAGCGCUCGCAUGACGCACGCGUGAACAGAAGUGACGUGCUCGGCAAGCAUGGGGGCAGGCACUCACAGGGCCUGGCUUUGUGUGGGCCGCGUCGUCGGCUGCAGCAGGCAGGGGCCGACGCGGCGGCGUCGGUGCUUGUUACCCGCCCAGCGUGAAGAAAGUCUUCCCCCCGGGGCGGUCGGAGCUAGAUGCGCCGUGGGAGGCUGCAGGGGAGGAGCAGAUAGACCCGGAGGAGUGUCACCCGGGCAGGGGGUGCCUGGUUGGUGUGUCUGGCGUUGGUGGCUUCCUUUCUAGUUGAAGAUUCCAGGGCUGACGCUUCAGAGGGUGCGCGGGUGGCCAUACAUGCACAGGAGAAGCUUUCUCGAAGCAUUCGGUGCCAGCUUGUCUCGCUGGUGUCGGAGACCUUGCGCGCACGUUGGUAAGAAAGACGCACGGGCCGCGGAGGAGAUGACUGCGACCCGCAUGGUGGCACGAUCCCUGGGGCUGCAGGCAGGGCAUCACUUAGCAAACAAGCUUAGAAGCAAGGGCCAGCAGGAUGCAGGGAUGGAAGUCGCCCGCGAGCUACUCCCAAGUCACUCGGGGCGCGUGUGUGCUUGGGAGUAUUUAUUUAGUGUUGUUAUUGCUUGGAGUGCUUGGCCGCCCCUGGCUGACGUGAGGAACCCUUCCAGCCGCCUCGUCUCUGCGCGAGGCCUUUCGGGUGCGUCGUUUCUCGAGUCCAGUCUCGGCCACUUUCUUUGAUUUUUUUGAGGCGCAGCGGUUCAAGGGUUGCCUACCAACUACUAGCAGCACUUCCGCUCGCUGAUCGGAGGACUUUAGAAUCAGAAUCAGAUACAUGUGAUCACCUUGAACUCGAUCUGCGUUAUUCACCACAUCGAUCCAUUUCUCUCCCUUUCAGAUAAUCACUUUCUGACAUGGUUCGAUGUAACUGGGCCUGGAGGUUACCGCGCACCUACAUAUCGUCAGCGGCAAUGUGAGGGUUGUUGUUUUACACUCUACGAGCCGAUAGGUAUGUUUGCCUGUGACAAAAGGGUUUUUCCGCCCUUUCUGUUUCUCUUCUGCUGUCCGUCGUGUACAGUAACCAACUAUGAAGGGUGCACCAGUCUCUCGCUCUUCCUCUGGGCAGCACAGAUGCUGGCGAUUACGAAUGUAUGAAGAGAAGACUGGUAUCUCUUUGAAGACUGAUGUUCUUUUUUCCUCUCUCUCAGUACAACUACUCAUAUUUAUUUUGGCACGAUCAUGAUCAUCAUCAUGCGUCUACCGGAUCUUAUCGUCUUCUACUCAACAAGACUCCCACGCACGACCCCUUGCUUCUGUGAACCCUCCUAGCACCCUUACGCCCUCCUUUCAUCCGAAUUCUCCGAGCUGAUGGUCUAUUCCGGGAUCUUUCCUUCCUAUCUCGCUUUUUCUCUUCCUGUCUGGGCGAAUGUUCUAGCGGGUUUCGUAGUGGCUUCGACGUACCGUCCUCUCCUUUGGCCUUACAGACCCCUUGUCGGCGCAGUGAUGACCACUGCUGCUGCUGGUUAUGGAAUGGUUGGAUUUCUAGGCCAUGCACUGGGCAAUAGACCUUCAUCUUAAGUAUUAUUUUUCCGCACAUGACAACGACGAGGCAUACUGGACAAUCAACUACGAAUGAUACCUCUUUCCUUAUCCGUUCUUCCUCCCUCUUUCAUUCUCCCGCUAUCCAGACCAACCUCGUCCUGGAUGAUGACGAUGCUGACGUUUUGGCGAAUAAGGGGGGACCGGAUAUUAAUCCGAACCUCUUGUUGCAUAAAACACAGCCGGGGGAUUCCCUACUCUUAAGGCUGUUGUAGCUAAUCCAUCUUUGGGAGCACCCGUGAAUAAACGUAUGGGGGAGUGUCGCAAGGGAGUGCGCAGGUCUUCUUUACUUGAGAUUGCUACUCAACAAAAAUGAAUUGUUUCAGCCUUUAAUGCUCGGGGUUCGAGGGCCGACGGAUCACCAUCAUCAUGCAGCAGAUCAAAGUAGAGAACACCGAGAGAAGCUUGGGCUGAGGUGAUGAAUACCAAGAGCAAUUUGGACUGAGGUGAAUUGAUAUUCUAAUUAUUGACCUACGAGUAGAGAACACAAACACUUAAAUCAUUGUGAUUCUCGUUAGCUUAUCCAUAUCCACUUAGAUUGUACAGAUGGUUGAAUAGCACGAGCAACAACAAAUACGAAAGAAUCGGAGAAAAGCAACUUCGUGCAGAUUCAAAAUUUUGACUCAAUGAGCAAUUCAAGCAAGAUUCGACUUCGAGUACCUAGUACAGUAGUAUUUUUGUGCAAGCGCGGUGAUUCUUGUUCUGUUUCGAUACGACUACUAACUAGUAGGAGUAUUUUUUUGAAAGUAGUGGGUCUCUGAGUAUUAAGACACCUAGGAAUAUAGAUGUCACAGUCAUUUCGAAAACAGGACUAAAAAGAAAAACAGGAAUAGAUCAAUGCGAGCCUAGCUCUAAAAAACUGGGAAUCAAAAUUUUGAUGAUGAAAGGCAAAUAGAAAAGGAAAUGUUGUGAAAAUUUAGUUGUUAUCAGCAUCUGCUCCUCGAACUCGACGUGGCGGGGAUCCACUCAGCAGUGACUAAGAUAUCGAGAUCCAGCAUUAUUUAUGAUUUCAACAAGACGAUGAUGUUGAGAAUAUUUGUUUGGAG